AUGGCUGCCUCUGGCGGCGCGUCCUCAAUUUCCGUGACAGUUAGGGUGCGGCCAUUUACCAUCCGUGAAGCUGCCCAGCUUACAAAAUGCGACGAUGGCCCGCUAUUCCUUGGUGAUGGCUCGUUGGCUGGCGUUUCCACCCCCAAGCUUCAGCAGAAAGGGAUCCGAUCCGUGAUCAAAGUGGUGGACAGUAAAUGUUUAGUUUUCGACCCUCCAGAAGAUAACCCAGUCCAUCGAUUCUCGAGAAGCGUCGUGCCCAAUGGAAAGCGUGUCAAGGAUCAGACCUUUAUGUUUGAUAAGGUAUUUGAUGAGAACACGACUCAGGGAGAAGUGUAUGAAGCAACAACACGCAGUCUCCUUGAUAGUGUCCUGGACGGGUACAAUGCCACGGUGUUCGCAUACGGAGCCACUGGUUGCGGAAAGACUCACACGAUCACCGGAACCACCCAACAACCAGGAAUAAUAUUUCUAACCAUGCAAGAAUUAUUCGAACGUAUUGCUGAACGAUCUGGUGAAAAGGUAACAGAGGUUUCCCUUUCCUACCUCGAAAUAUACAACGAAACCAUUCGAGAUUUGCUCGUCAGUGGCGGACCCAAAGGUGGCCUCAUGCUUCGGGAAGAUGCCAAACAGUCAGUUUCCGUGGCUGGUCUGUCUAGCCACCAUCCUCAAAACGUACAAGAAGUAAUGGACAUGAUCAUGAGAGGGAACGAAUGCCGAACUAUGUCUCCGACAGACGCCAACGCGACAUCUUCACGGUCUCAUGCUGUCCUGCAAAUUAACAUUGCACAAAAGGACCGAAACGCUGACAUUAAUGAGCCUCAUACGAUGGCCACCCUCAGUAUCAUCGACUUGGCUGGAAGUGAACGUGCAAGCGCGACUAAGAACCGCGGAGAGAGACUAAUUGAGGGUGCUAAUAUCAACAAAUCUCUCCUUGCAUUAGGGAGCUGCAUCAACGCUCUUUGCGAUCCAAGGAAACGUAACCAUGUUCCUUACCGCAACUCAAAACUUACCCGAUUGUUGAAAUUCUCCCUUGGAGGAAAUUGCAAAACCGUGAUGAUUGUCUGCGUCAGUCCAUCAAGCCAACAUUUCGAUGAGACCCAGAAUACCCUCCGAUAUGCGAAUCGGGCCAAGAAUAUCCAGACCAAGGUUACCAGAAACGUGUACAAUGUUAACCGCCACGUUAAAGACUUCCUCGUGAAAAUUGAUGAGCAAAUGGCUCUGAUCAACGAACUCAAACAACAGCAGAAAGAUUACGAAAAUAUUGCAUUUGCGAAAUUCAAAAAGCAGACAGAGAAAAGAGAUGGGAUUGCCCGAGAAGGGGUCUCACGCCUUCGCAGCGCUUAUGAGCAUGCGGCGCCUGAAAGGCAGGAAAAGGUCAAUAGUAUGCUACGCCUAAGGCAAAUUAGCCGUCGUAUCGCCUUGCUUUCCUCGUGGAUAGCGGCGUUUGAUGGCGUAUGUGCUAGCAGAGAGGGUAGGGGUGGGUUAGGGAAUCUCCAAGCGGUUCGAAAAACUGCCCAAGGAAUUCUGCUUGAGUUGGAGGGUAGCCGUCAACACUAUCAUCAACGACUUGCCAAAUGCAACUGGGAACGAGGACUGAAUUCAGCAUUGGAAAACGGCAUCAGGCAGCUCAAAGAGGUCGACACCGGGGACCACAUGGAUAUGGAGAACUUAAAGCGAGAAGCUGAGCUCUUGAAAUCCCAAGCAGAAAGAGAUGCAUUGAGCCAGGUGUCUGAGCAGGAAAAGGCUGGAGACAUGGAAACGAUGCAGAUGUUGUUACAAGCAAAUUUCGAGACGAUUGUCGCCAUCGAGGAAAUAACUCAACUCAGCGAAGAUGAAGCAAUUGAAAUCGGCAAAAGUAUUCUCGGGAAACUUUUACAAACAUGCACGGUUACCGCAACGCAGGUAGUCAAGCCUGAUGGAAGCCCCAUCCGGCUUGCAGCCACGCCUACAUUCAAAUUAGGAAGUCCAAAAAAGCGAAAGAAGUUCAGUCUAGGGGGUGGAGUCGCACUGCCUAGACCUGUUCGUCUCUCUUUGAUUCCUGCAUCUCAAUCGCCAGCAAAGGCCUCUCCAAGGAAGAGAAAAGUCGCUGCUCCGAAAAAGGCAGUGGCUUUUACGCCAAAGAAAACCACAAAACCUCCCAAAAGAAGCGUUAGAUGGAAGGAUGAUGUUGAAGACGGGGUAUUAGCCGAAUUCGAAAAGACGCCACAGAGACAGCAACCGUCACCACCACAGCCUUCGUCAUGCGAAUCUACAUUACCACCAGUUCCUAGUAUGGUUUCCGCUAUUCCGCUACCGACAGCUGGUGGCUCGAGGGAAUCGUCACCAAUCCCGGCUCCUCCAGAAUUAAACGCAAUCAAUGUCAAGAAUAGUAGUCGAUUUAAGCCCGGCUUCUUAUCAAAACGGGCAAACGGGUCUCCGAUACCACCUCCUCCUAGUUUGACCAAGCUUUCAUCAUCCGACAGCGAAGGCUCGCCGCUGCGACAGAUUGAGAACGGCAGCUCUAUCAAACGGCAGUCCAUCGAACGGUCCAGUAUUGGCCAAUCAUCGGACAAUGAGGAAAAUUGGAAAAUCGACAAGUUUGAAGCGAUGCGAAUCAACUCAGCCAUUAGGCGUAUUUCAGGAAGCCAUGGCGGAAGCAUCAAUUCCGGGGCAGCCAUGUCUCGAAUUCGCCGGCGCAGCCGAAGUCCCACGGCAGCGUCAUCUAGCCCUAUCAAUAACGAAACUACGAUGUUCACCGCAUCACAGGCAAGGCGGAUGGUAAAAAGCGAGAAAGAUCAUGACUUAAGAGUCAACGUGCUGAGCCCUCGAACUCUGCCUGUGAUGAAAAACCCGGGACAGCGGCGCAUCAGCUCUGCGGAGGUUAGACCUCGUGAAAUCAUUGCGGGUAGAGAACACGUUCGGUACAGCGCAACAGCAAUUCCAGCUGGUGGAAGUUUGCGAGGGAGCCCCCGGGGAUCAGGAGAUGGAGUAUAUCGAUAG